AUGGGUCUAUCACCAGUUCACUUUUUUAGCCAUGGCUCGACCAUGAUGCUCGGCGAGGAGUCCACCAGUGCUGAUUACUGGAAGAAGUGUGGCGAUGAAGCCUUGUCACACAAUAUCAAAGGCGUAAUCAUGAUGGGAGCUCAUUGGGAUGCUAGAGGCGACAAGAUCAUGGUUUCGGCCAACCCAAAGCCCAACAAGAGUCCCGUAGCCUAUGUUCACCCUUCAAAAUAUGUUGACUACGAACUUGUACCCGACCUACCCACUGCCGACAAAGUACUGGACUUGCUGCUCAAGGCUGGCUUCAACGCAGAGAAGGACGCAACUUUCGACUGGAUUCACGACACAUACCUGAUCCUGAUCAGAAUGUUCCCUAACGGCUGCCCUCCCACCACAAUCGUCAGCAUGAACGCAUACUACGAUCCCCACUACCACAUGAAGGUCGGAUCAUCAUUGCGAUCGCUGAGGAAGGAAGGCUACCUGAUCGUCGGUACUGGAGGUGCUGUCCACAACCUCUACCGCAAUGUAUGGUGGCCCAUGGUCAAGCACAGAGACAACUUCGCCCAGGUUGCUCCCCCAGAAAGUCCUCUCUUGGACUUCAGACAAGCCGUUGAAGAUGUCAUGACUCAAAACCAGGGCCCUGCUUUGAGAAGAGCCAUGACACGACUCAUGAAGCAUCACUACUACCGCGAGGCACACGGAACAGACGAUCACUUCAUGGCAGCUUGUUUCUGUGCUGGUGCUGCAGGUGAUUGGGAAGAUAUGGAAGAGCAAGGUGGUGUCUUGGGUGCAGAAACCUGGGAGCUUCAGAACAUGUGCAACUCACAAUUCACGAUUGGUAACUGGCAAGGAAGCAGGCCUGUACGAGCUUCUGCUUGA